UUAAUGUCACUUGACCAAUAGUCCAUCAAAUAAAUCACGGCAGUCAUCUCGCUUCCAAACAAUUUUCCCAAGUUUUACGAAUAUUUCCUAAUUUCACUUAAUCAUGUCUUUAACAAUUUCAUUCAAAGGGAAAAAAGUUCUCGUCACUGGAGCAGCUCGCGGUCUCGGUCGCGACCUUGUCGCUUCCCUACAUGCACAAGACGCCAUAAUUAUCGCUGUUUCUCGCAAUCCAGACAACUUGGCGAAAUUGAAGGCCGAAUUUCCAAAAAUUGAAACUAUUGCCGCCGACGUCUCCGACUGGGAGGGGACGAAGACAGCUCUCACCGGAAAGGUCACCGGAGUCGAGUACCUUAUCAACAAUGCAGGCGUCGUUCAUGUCGAACCAUUCUUAAACGUCAAACCGGAACAUUUCGACGACAUGUGGGACACAAAUGUGAAAGGAGUAAUCAACGUUAGCCAGAUCGUUGUGGAGGACAUGAUUCAACGGGGGAAAGGUGGCUGUGUCAUCAACGUAUCAUCACAGGGUGCGAAAGUUGCUUCCCAAUCGCUCGGAAUUUACGACACGACGAAAGCUGCGUUGGACAUGUUGACGAAAACUAUGGCGGUGGAGCUUGGCGUUCACGGAAUCCGAGUCAACUCCAUCAAUCCCACAAUGUUCGAAACGGAUAUGACUAAAUCCUGGUUGGAACGAAAUCCUGGCGGCGGGACGCCAUACCUCGACCGUGUCCCGAUGGGCAGGAUGGCGGAAAGUUGGGAAAUUGUUAACGCGAUUUUGUUCCUAAUGAGCGACAACGCUUCAUUUAUUCAUGCCGAAGCUCUCGUUGUCGAUGGAGGUUUUACGGCAAAUUAAUUCAGUAAAUAAUUGACCAACGCUGUAUGAAAAUAUUCAUAAACAUUUAUGAAAAAACAUUUAUUCAAAUUUUAAAAUAGAAGAAACAUUUUGUUCGAAAUAAACACAUGCGAGAACGUAUUUGUAAAAG